AUGUCCUCCUCCGAUCAGUGCUCCGUGGAAGAGACUCGUAAUACUCGAGCGAGCGAAAAGAGCGACGAAAUCAUCGCGAACGAUGACGACGAGAACCCAACAACGACUGCCUUGUGGCGGCUCUUUCGAGAGGCGUCGCUGAAAGGCGGCGCGUGUCGCGAUAUCGUGGAGACGCAUGUGAUUUGCAAACUCUCCGCGACGGAUCUCAAAUUCUUUUACGAGGUGAACACGGAAACGAGAAAGUUGAUUAAGGGAUCAUCUCGCGCGAGGGAGUUGAAAGAGAAGUUUAAGGUCGAAGAGAUGUCGUCGAUAUCUACGUUGGAGUUUGCUUGGGAGCAUUUUCCGUGGGGGACUACGAUCACGCAUUAUAUCGAUGGUGAUACGGAGGUGGUAAAGUUGGACGAACCAGCGUUCUGCUGUCGAGUCGCUCGAACGAAUGAACUCGAGUUACUCAAGUGGGUGCGAGAGGAGAAAAAGUGUGAGUGGGAUAAAGGGACACUUCUGGCGGCCACGCAACGCAAUAAUCUAGACAUGGUAAAGUAUUGCGUUGUCAAUCAGUGUCCUAUCGAUUCGGAUGCAUGUGCGUUUGCCGCCGAAUUCGGUCAUCUCGAGUUGCUCAAAUACUUACGCGAAGAAGUCAAAGCGCCCUGGGAUAGGAUAACUUUGAUGCGGGCUCAAUGGUCUCUGAACCCCGCGCUUAGGGUUCCGGACGUAAUAGUCUCUGAACAACUCGAGUGUUUACGCUACGCCGUCGCGAACAAAUGCCCAGGAUGGGUAAGCUACGCGAGCGAUGUCGAUAUCUUGAACGAGUGCGUACGGUACAACCAAGAAGGGUGGCCGGAACCAGAACAACGGACAAACGAACACUACGCUUUGUUCGAGAGAAUGAAAGCGCUACAAGAAUCACUCGAGCGGAUGUAA